AUGGAUGACACUUCGGGGGAACACGUAAAUGACGAAGCUCCAGACGAUUCGUUAACUUUGGGACAAUUAAAAAAAAUAGUAAAACAAUUACCAAAUAAGCAAAAGUAUUUGUUGGAAACUUUGGAAUUAAAAGAUCCUGAAAAAAGAUUUUUGUCUGCAAAAAAGUUAUUGUAUAUUGCUCAAGGGGACGAUUCAUUUGGAACUGAGCUUGCUGAACUUAAUCCGCCAAUGGCUGUAUUCCUGUUUGAGAUAGUUGCUUCAUUACGAGAGAAAGAAAAGAACGCCAAAGGCUAUCCUGUUAAAAAGUCCACACCGGUGGAUUAUUACACAUUCCAAAAUGAGGCAACGCAAAAAUAUCCAACAUAUGUUCCACCUCCUUGUCCAUUUAUUCCAACUUACCCCAUUGCUGCAAGUCUAUUUCCGAGUGCAAAUAACCAUAUUAAUGGAAAUGAGUCUUCAGGACAAAAUACAUCAUCUGUUAAUUGCAAUGGAAAUAGCAGCCAAGCUCCAAAAUCAAGAAAACAACAAUUUCAAACAAAUCAGCGGCAACCAUUUAUUUUUCCAUUUUCAAAAUCUACUCCUAGCGUACCAAAAUCUAUACAGGAGGCUGGUACUUUUCAAUGCUGGAAGGAAAGAAUUGAAAUGAAAAAGCUACCUACUGUAGAUAUAAUCAACAACAUAUAUAUCAAUGAAAAUGUGAAAAAUCAAAUUGCUAAUAAUCACGAUGAAUCUCAAAUCAAGAUAACGAAAACAGACAAAGAGAAGAUCGAGCGGAUUGAAAUUCUUUAUAAUUCUGAUAACGAUAAAGGCGGAGCUUCUGCCAAUAAUGAUCAUAUUUUUGAAAAUGCUAUUAAUUAUUCAACCUCGAAUGGCAACACAAUUGAAGAAAUAGACAUCAUGCGACAUCGUGAAAUUACGUCAAAGGCGGUUUUUUUUCAAUACUGCAUGAGCAUCAACAAUGAUGCAAAUGAAAUCAAACAAGCGGAUAAUAAUAUGAUCAUUGAUAAUCAACAAGAAUAUUCGCAAGCAUCAUACAAUAUACAGUCUGAUCAAUCCAAUGACCCACAAUCUAAUACAAGUAAUGAAACUGACAUUGAUUCAGAUUAUUAUAUUGCAGAAAUUGACCAAAAGGAAGACCCACCGAAUUUUAUUAUUGGUACAAUACAAAUCAUCGGUAAUAUGAAAGUUAUUACUUCGAUAUAUUUGAGUUGUCGCCCAGAUCUUAGGGAUGAAUGGAUUUCGUCGACUGAUGUGGAUGCCGAGAUGGAUGACGCUUUGGCAAAGCUGAUUCCUAUAUAUUGGCAGCCUCAAGAACAAAACCUUCGAACAUUGAUUAAAUUUUAUAAUGAAAGAAAUUAUUUUCCUCAAUGCGAUCAACAGGACGGCAUGUACUAUGAUAAUAGCAACAGAAACCUUCCUGAUAUAUUCCCUCCAUACCAUACAAAAUCUCUCAACCAUGUUAAUUUUGCCUAUAUUCAUGAUGAUAUCAUGUUAGACGAUUCAUUCCUAGAAAAUUGGGAACAAUGGCUUCAAGAAGAAGUGUAUAGUUUCUCUGUAAUGAAACCUCACCUAAAAAAUAUAGACGAAUAUUAUGAUGAUGACUUUGCCACUGCUAUUCCGAAUGGAGAUGGGUCAGAAUGGGAUAUGCCGCCAACAUCGCCGGUCGAUGGUAAAGAUCCAUUCUCUUCAAUCGAAUGGAAAAACAUUUCAUCUUAUGAACUUAAAGCCUUCGAACACAGAAUAAACAGUAGUGGAUUUAAAUUUUUUGAUUUCGAUGACAUGGAAACCAAUAAUAAUGUUUCUGCAACAGAUGCAGAUGAUAAAGCUACUGAGACAACCUAUUGCUGGCCUGAUGAAAUGUUAGGCCCUUUGGCAUCAAGUGAAGUUACCAUAUAUCAACCUACACCGUAUCACAGUGAAGAUGAGGAUUAA